AUGCUUCUAAGAAGAGAAAGCUUAACGGAUAUGGUUAAAGGAAUGGAUUUGAAAACCUCUAUCACUUUGAUCGAUGAUAAUGGAAGUCUAAAGAUUGCCACACGGGAAAGUGAUUGUAAAGUGAAAAGCAUCGGUAUUCAUAUCAAUGGUGAAAGAAAAAGAUUCUUAUUCUUUCUGGUGGUUGAUGCAUUUGACAAGAAUAUUAUUUCAACUGUUGAAAAUAAUGUUUCUAAUCAAAUAUUGAAGAAGAUGAAGAAGCUUGUUUCUUUCUUGCAAUCACUUCCGAAAGAGAGAAAGAUUGAUGACAAUGUCGCAGUGAAUCUCUCUUUUGCAGGAAGCUCUCUAUUGGGUGAUUCCUCUGUUGAAGUUGAAAUC